GGAGGAGAUGACUGUUACAUCGAAAAAGGAGGAGGAAGAAGAGGAGGAAACUGGAUAUCUGGGCCCGGUUUCCCAAAUGCAUCUUAAGGCAUCCAAUGGUUCUAAUGAUGAAUUUAGCCAUAAGAUGGUUUUGAGAAACCGUUCCCUGAUUAACACUAGUGAGAGACGGGACUACCGUGGGUCCUCUGGGGAGCCUCAACAACAUCAUGAUGCUGACGAGGCAGAGAAGAGUCUCUCCACAUCAGAACACCUCAAUAAACACCUGCGGAGAUCCACAAGGAAGAGAUCUCACCGCUGUUCUGAUUGUGGGAAAUGUUUAAAAUCUUCAUCAGUACUUAAAAUACACCCGAGAAAUCACAUGGGAGAGAAACCUUACUGCUGCUCUGACUGUGGGAAGAGUUUUACUCUGUCAACCAGCCUGAUAUCACACCAGAGAACACACACAGGAGAGAAACCUUAUAGCUGUGAUCAAUGUGGGAAGAUUUAUACUAAGUCUAGCUGUCUUGUUGUACACCAGAGAACACACACAGGAAAGAAAUCGUAUAGCUGUGAUGAAUGUGGGAAGAUUUAUACUAAGUCUAGCUGUCUUGUUGUACACCAGAGAACACACACAGGAGAGAAACCUUAUAGCUGUGCUCAAUGUGGGAAGAGUUUUACCAUGUCUAGCAGUCGGACUAGACACCAAAGAACACACACAGGAGAGAAACCUUAUAGCUGUACUCAAUGUGGGAAGAGUUUUACUUGGCUAAACAACCUAGUAUCACACCAGAGAACACACACAGGAGAGAAACCUCAUAGCUGUAAUCAAUGUGGGACGAGAUACUCUGAUAAAAGAUCUCUGAUUAAUCAUCAGAAA